UCACUUUUUUUUCUUCCUUAAAACGAAUACAUUCAAUGGCUGGAAAAAAGAAAGAAGUGAGUUUGCAGAUGGCUGCCACAAACCAAGAGCAUUGGGAUGAAAUGCUAGCAAUAAAAGGGUUGAAUGUGAUCGAUGUGUAUCAGCAAUGGUGUGGUCCCUGUCGCGCUGUAGUCAGCCUUUUCCGGAAAGUGAAGAACGAAUUGGGGGAUGACCUGUUGCAUUUCGCCACGGCAGAAGCAGACAGCAUUGAUGCCCUGGAGAAGUACAGAGGGAAGUGUGAGCCUACCUUCCUGUUCUAUGGAGGUGGAGAACUGGUUGCCGUCUUGCGAGGAGCAAAUGCUCCUCUCCUGCAGAAGUUGGUGGUGGAAGAGCUGGCCAAGGAGAAGAAGGUUCUGGAACAGGGAGCAGAACGCAGAGUGGUGAGGGAUGAAGGUCUGAAUGCGGAGGAAGAAGAGGAGGUCAUUGACCAUGAGCAAAGUGAUGAAGAUGUACUCGUGCCCGCCAGCAAAUCGUACACGGUGGCGAUAAUAAAACCGGACGCUGUCGCGCACGGCAAAGCAAAUGAAAUUAUGAUGAAGAUCCAGGAGGCGGGCUUCGAGAUCCUCGCCCACGAGGAGAGGACUCUGAGCAAGUUGGAGGCUCGGGACUUCUACCAGCACAAGGCAGGCGAGCCGUGCUUCGAGGAGCUGGUGCAGUUCAUGUCCAGCGGGCCCUGCCACAGUCUGGUGGUGUCCAGGCAGGAGGGUUCUGAUGAUGUCAUCCCCGCGUGGCGAGAGUUCAUUGGUCCAGCUGACACUGAAGAGGCCCGGAGGGACAAGCCAGAGAGCUUAAGGGCCCAGUAUGGAACAGAGACCCUGUCCAAUGCCCUGCAUGGCAGUGAAGACAGUGACCAGGCCAGCAGGGAGCUGGCUUUCUUCUUCCCUAACUUCAGAACUACCUCUAAUUUGGAGCAGUAUGGGAUAGAGGAGUACCCAGUGGAGAGGACACUGGCUAUUAUUCGGCCUGACACGGCCAGAGAGAAGAGAGAGGAGAUCCUGGCUCGUAUUGAAGAGGCAGGCUUCACUGUAGCCCUCCAGAAGGAGGUGAUGCUGACAGAGGAGCAGGUCAGACAGUUCUACAGCCAGCACCAGGAGGAGGACUACUUCCCCGCGCUCCUCCAAAACAUGACCAGCGGGCCUGUGCUGGCCCUUGCCUUGGUGAGGAAAGGUGCUGUUCAGCGCUGGAGGGACAUACUGGGGCCCAAAAAUGUCACCAGGGCCAAGGAAGAGGACCCUGACAGCCUGCGAGCCCAGUUCGCGGUGGAGAGCGACCCCAUUAACCAGAUUCACGGCAGUGGGAGUCAGGAGGAGGCAGAGCGUGAAAUAGAGUUCUUCUUCCCCCGGGAGCGCACCCUGGCCGUCAUCAAGCCCGACGCCCUGGACGGGCACAAAGAGGAAAUCCUGGAGCACAUCCAGAAGGCCGGCUUCACCAUCUCCCGGACCAAGGAGACCGUGCUGUCCCAGGAAAUGGCGGAGGAGUUCUACAAGGAGCACAGAGACAAGCCUUUCUUCAGCCAGCUGGUGGAGUUUAUGUCCCGGGGCCCCUGCCUGCUGAUGGCCCUCACCAAGGAGAACGCCGUGGAGGAAUGGAGAGCCAUGAUGGGCCCCGCGGACCCCACCCGGGCGAAAGAGGAGGCACCCGACUCCCUGAGGGCCCGCUUCGCCACCGACAUCCUGCAGAACUGCGUCCACGGCUCCUCCAACCCACAGCACGCCAGCGAAAAGAUCCACUUCAUCUUCGGGGACAUCCUCUCAAACGGGGACCCACAAGACCAGGGACCUGAGGUUGGCGGAGACGAACAUGCAGAGGAGACUAAAAUCAAUGGACAAGAGCCGGCCUCCUCCCCUGUUGCUGCCACUGCCACAGAGUCCCCUGGGCCUGUCCCUGAGGAGAGUUCUGAACCAGGAGGAGCGGAGGGCCAAUCACAGCCCACCGACCAAAGUGCCCAAGAAGGGAAGCAGACACCUGUUCCUAGUGAGGCUACAGAAGCACAUGACCCUGGGGAUCAGAGGGAGGAAACAGAAACAGCCCCACCUUGACUGGAUAGGCCUUGGGAGGACCCAUCUGGAAAUGUCUCAGGAAAAUGCAGCAAGGAGUGUGGAAAGUGUCUUGAUUUCCAAAAUGAGUCCCAACACAUUUUUACUCAGAGCAGUAUCCUAUUAAUUCAGUAGGUUGCUUAAGGUCUCAUCUAUCCCUAUGAAGGAGGUGGAGAGGAUGUUCUGUGAUUGCCUCGGUGCAUGUCUUUCUGUAUGAUUGUCGGUCCCUGAACAAUAUAAAGUAUCAUUGGAGAAACAAAAAUGAUAAAAACAAACAUUGCCUGGGAAACAAGAAAGAAAAAGGUAGUUUUUGUGGAUUUUAAUUACUGCGGUACGCUCUCUGCAAGAUUACAGUGCUGUAAUUUAAUCAUGUUCUAAAUUGUAUUGUUACCUCGAAAGUGUCACUUUACCCAGGUAAGCAAAAUUAAAUUAAAUGUGCUUGACU